AUGCAUGGAAACCGACGUCACAUUCCAGAAGCCACGAAACAGCAAUGGGUGAUCAUGUCCACCCAUAUGUCACCCACUGCCUUAGCCCAAGCCACUCACAUGAACCUCCGAACUGUCAACCGAGUUCUUCGACUCUCUCAUCUCACAGGCUCUGUUGUUCGAAGACCCUUGGAAAGCGGAUGUCCUCGUCUGUUCACAGCAGUGGAUGUUUCAAUGAGUGAAUCAGGUCUGCAGUGUUGA